AUGCUCUUCAUCAACUCCAUUGUGAUGUGCGCCUCUCUGGCUGCCGCCAUUCCUCAUGCGCAUCGCCAUGCGCAACUCCACGCUCGCCACUUCGAAGUCUCGCUCGCCGGUCGAUCCGAGCUUCCAACAUCGCCUCUCAACGGCGUCUGUGGCGGCGACUCGGGUUUCGGAUGUGUUGCUGGAUCUUGCUGCUCGCAGUAUGGAUUCUGUGGCACCACGGCAGACUUCUGCGGUACAGGAUGCCAAUUCGGUGCGUGUGACGGUGCUGCCACUGGACCCGCAGAGACUCCCGGUCUCGAUGUGACCUUCUCGCCUGUUGCGGCAGCGGUGGAGACUCAUAAUCCAGCGCCGAAAGUCUACGGCUCGCCUUCCCAAGGUGCWGCAAAGAACUCAGCACCAGCAUACUCGGCUCCUGCUCCAUCCACCACUUUUGCGACUGCUUAUGCCGCUCCGACCUCGAGCUCGGUUCAMGCCUCUGCACCAUCUCCCUCCUCCGCAUCCUCAUCGCCGUCAUCUGGCUCGAGCUCUGGUCUUGGCGACAUCUUCAAGAUGUACCUGGGCGACGGUUCUACCGGCGCAGGCUGGCCAUCGGAUAGCGAGUGGUGUUCCUACGACGGCGCUUGGGAGGCCAACCUUCCAAUCAUCGGCGUCUCCUGCGCUCAGUUCGGAGUCGACAACAACUCGGAUGAGGAGAACGCCAAUCUCAAGUCUGCAAUCUCAGAAGUUGCAGCUUCUGCCGGACUCGAUGAGCGAUACAUCCUGGCGAUUGUCAUGCAGGAAAGCAAAGGCUGCGUCCGUGCUCCAACUACUACCUACAGUGUCCGCAAUCCAGGCCUCAUGCAAUCUCACAACGGCCAAGGCACCUGCAACGACCCGGCCAACGGCGGCAUCCAAAAUCCCUGCCCGAAAUCCCAAAUCACCCAGAUGAUCAAAGACGGCACCAUGGGCACUCCAGACGGCGAUGGUCUCAUGCAGACAGUCCAGCAAGCCGGAUGCGACGACGUCAGCAAAUACUACAAGGCUGCACGAAUCUACAACUCGGGUCGCGUGACGGGCAACGAUCUGAGUCUAGGUGUCGCUACGCACUGCUAUGCUGCGGAUAUUGCAAACCGAUUGACGGGAUGGACUUCGGCUAGCAGUACAUGCACAUUGGACUGA